AGAGGCGGUGCAUGCGGAGUUGUAAAUGCAGUGUCAGCGACUCUACGUGGCGACGAUGGAAAACGGUGGAAGGCGGAAUGUGGAGAGCUCGAGGAGGAGCUGAUUUGCUGAUUUUAUCCGGGCCAAGACACGUCCACGGAAUCCACGUGUAGCCUGUCACUGAUGCAAACAUACGGGGCUGUGCUGCUCUUAUUAGCCGGGGUGGGUUUCAUCAUGGAGCGACCGCUAACCGCCGCUGCGAGAGGUGUGCCAAAGCGAUCCGGUGGAGCAGUUAAUAUGAUUAUAACACGGCUUCUGUUCUUGUUCAUCCUCCCUUCACUGAGUCUGUGUGCUCCACAAGCCCAGAAAACACUCAGCGAAGACAUCCUUGCACCAGACCUUCCUAAUCCUUUUGGGUCCAGCGAAGAAAACCGCAGGCUCCUGCAAAGCUACAUUAAGGGCAGCCUGAAGGAAGGACAGACCAGUCCAGAGAUGAACACCAGGGAACAAGAAGUGUUCUUCCUUUUCUCCUCGUAUGACUAUGAUAGAAGUGGGCAGAUGGAUGGCCUUGAACUGAUGCAACUUCUGACAGAUUUCCUGACUUAUCAUGAAAUCAUGCCAAAGUCAACAGAUUCCGUUGUAUCUUUGGUGGACUACAUGCUACAAGCUCAAGAUCUGAAUCAGGAUGGACUACUGGCUCCUUCAGAGCUGUUAUCUUCAUCCACGAAUGACCAUCAGCAAGAAAACAACUUUAUUCCCCCUGAUCCACCAGCUGACGAGGCCUUAAAUCAAGAGCGAACACAUAAGAAAUCAGAGGAUGGAGAUUCUGAAACCCACCAGCAAGAUGCAGAGGUCAACCAAGAGUCUGAACAUGAGAAUGAGAUGCCUGCAGAUCACAACCAGAUACCUGAAAAGUUUGAAGAACAGCAUGACCAGCUGCAAGAUGAUCAUCAGGAGCAACAAGAGAUGUAAUGCCAAAUUAAGCAUGAAGUGCAACUUUAGAGACUCUAUUAUUAUUAAAGACACGUCUCUUAAACGGAUACAAAUCAGCCAUACAUUGGAAACCACUCACCUGCUGCAUAUACAGUACUGUGACUGAUGCAUAAUUUAUUUCUGGAUACUAAAAGUUGUUUUGAAAGUCCAAAAGAAUGUGUUAAUAUUAGCAUCAUUGUACACAAAUUGCGAAACAAACCACUGAACUGUACAGAAAUUUCUCCAUGGAGUUGUGGAAUCCAGAAACACAAUCAUCUGAAUUGGUAACUGUUCAACUUAUUUUUCCUUUUUGCCGUUCAAACUAUGCAAACCCAGAAAGUAAAGCUUUAAUUUACUGAGAAUUUAAUGCAAAAGUCUAGUUGCAGCUAAGAUCUAGUAACCAUUAUUAGGGUUUUGUACCCAAUUAUGGGCAUAUUUCUAUAUUGAACUUAUAAACACCUUUGAAAUAAACCAUUCAAUUGGA